GCAGCUGUUUGCAACCGCAGAUACCAGUUCCAGUAAGGGGCACAUGCAGCCGAGCCUGUACAGACGGCCCGGCCAUCCUGGAGGAAUGGGCUACUCAGGAAGAUCAGUGCGGCGCAACCCUACAGCGGCCAGUACUUGACCCACUCGGGAGCCAGGGGCCCGGCCCAGACGCCCACGGGAGUGGGCCCCCCCCGGGGGUUUGGCGGGGGCGAUGGGGCAACCGGGCAUCUCUGCGAACCACCCGCGCCCGCCCCCGGUCAACGCCCAAAGCCAGCGCAUGCCACAGCACGGCUACCUGGGAAGCCGGCAGAGCCAGCAGAUGCCCGGCCAGGGGCUGAAGAGGCCAUAUGUCAGUGAGGGCUACUUGGGCGAACAUUACCCUCCUGCCAACCCCCAGCGAUCGCUCCCUUCUCCCAGCUACCCUGCCAGGAUGCCAGGCCAGCAGAAUGCCGGGCGGUACCCCAUGCCCCCCGGCGCAAUGGGGCAGUAUUUUAAGCCCUCAGAGCAGUACAAUGGACAGAGCAACAGCUUUGCAGUUGGGAGUUACAGUAACUACACUCAGGCCAACAUGAAUGGGCUUGCAAGGUCGUUGGCUGGUUACUCCAACUCUCCGAUCUUGGGAAAUCCGACGCUCCCGCUGACUCCAGGAAACAGUAUCCCCCCGUACCUGUCUCCGAGCCAGGAAGUCACGUCGGCCUUCCUCCCAGACAUAAAGCCCAGCCUGAAUAAUCUCCCCCCACCCACCUCAGCGAACCCCGUGGAUGAGCUCCGGCUGAUGUUUCCCGUGCGCGACGGUGUCGUCCUGGAGCCGUUUCGGUUGGAGCACAACCUUGCCGUCAGCAACCACGUCUUCCACCUUCGCCAUUCCGUUCACCAGACGCUGAUGUGGAGGCCAGACUUGGAGCUCCAGUUCAAGUGUUACCAUCACGAAGACAUGCAGAUGAACACAAACUGGCCAGCUUCAGUUCAGGUCAGCGUCAACGCUACGCCCCUGACGAUAGAGCGAGGCAACAAUAAAACUUCACACAAACCUCUCUACCUGAAGCACGUGUGUCAGCCUGGGAGGAACACCAUUCAAAUCACAGUGACAGCCUGCUGCUGUUCCCAUCUGUUUGUACUACAGUUAGUACACAGACCCUCUGUCCGAUCAGUGUUGCAAGGCCUCCUGAGAAAGAGAUUACUACCUGCGGAACAUUGCAUCGCAAAAAUCAAACACAACUUCAGCAGCGGCAGUGGUGCCAUUUCGUCUGGGAACCCCGGGCUGAGCGGGGAGGAUGGCUUGGAGCAGACGGCGAUGAAAGUGUCACUGAAGUGCCCGAUCACUUACAGGCAGAUCCAGCUGCCAGCGCGAGGGCAUGACUGCAAGCACAUACAGUGUUUCGACCUUGAGUCCUACCUACAGUUGAACUGUGACCGAGGAACCUGGCGAUGUCCAGUAUGCACUAAGACAGCCGUGCUGGAAGGGCUGGAAAUUGACCAGUACAUGUGGGGCAUCUUAGCGGCCAUUCAGAACACGGAGUUCGAGGAGGUGACAAUCGACUCGACGUGUAGCUGGAGGCCGGUGCCUGUGAAGCCGGAGCUUCAUGUCAAAGACGACCCCGAUGGCCCCGCGGCCAAGAGGUGCAAGACCAUGAGCCCCAGCCAAACGAUCAUGCCCAACAUCAUGGAGAUGAUAGCGGCCCUGGGACCCGGGACGUCUCCAUACCCGUCUCUGGCAAUGCCACCAGGGAGCGUCAGCCACACCGACUAUGCCCAUCAGAAUUCUGUCUAUGGUGGGCAGGGGAGUUUUGCAGAUUUUCCCCAUGGCACUCCUGCCAACACAUCCAUUAAUGAGUUUAUGCAUGGACCACCCAUGCCCUACCCAGCGGACAUCCCAAAUAUGGCUCCUGACAAAUCCCUCGGGCACUCCAUGCUGGAUCAGAUUCCUCAUUCUGGAACAAUGGACCAAUCCCACGCAACUCUGCAGCAUGGAGUCCAUGCACAUCACCUCAGUGGUCAGUUGCUGCACCAUCGCAGCCCAUCCCAACACCUGCGGCAGCUCCAGCAGACAAGCGCUGGAGUCCAUUCACACAGCGAACUGACCUUCAACCCAUCUGCGGUAAUGGAAGGUCAGGCAAGGGGCCAAGGGGCAGCUGAUGUUCCCGAGUCUUCUCUAGAACUUCUUCCAGAGAUCACGAACCCAGAUGAACUCUUGUCAUACCUAGGACCUCCAGUCAUGCCAAACAACAGCAAUGAUGAUCUUCUCUCCUUGUUUGAGAAUAACUGAGAUUCUUCCCCUCUCCCAGUGGGCUGACAACACUACAGUAACCUUUGCUCCAUCUCCAUUGAAGCUCAGCUGGUACUGUGUACUGCCUUGUAUUGUUGGCAGUGCAAAGGUGAUGACGGAUGUCUUUGUGGACUUGACUGGAAGGAGAUUCUUCCAGGCCCAUUGUAAAAAUGCCAUCUCGCGUCUUCAGGGUUGGAAAUACCUUAGGAACACUAGGAUAUGGACCAGGUUAGAAAGUCUGGCCAGCUGGAAGAAAGCAGAUUCUGUAACUACCACCAAUGGUUGUCAAGGAAUCAGCAGGAUAAUCUUUUGCUAUGAAUGCAAAUCUUGUCUGGAGUUCAAAGCACUGAAAGCAAAUGAUGUGAAACAGUUCAAUGCAGCAAUUAGCCCCAGGCCACUAAUUGCAGAAGUUUUAUUUUUUCCAGCUGAGGAAUUUUGUGGACUAUUCUCCACAUUCACUUUUGAAGUGAGGACUGUGACAUCCUGGGAAUCAAAUGCUAUGUACAGAAACAAAAAUAUAACAGAACUUGAGAAAACUCCUUACCAAAGUACAGCGGCUUUCCUGGAUCCCUGCACUUUCGUUCGUGUAAGAGAGAUAGAUGAACAUUGACACUGACUUCUGAAUUAUUCAACAGAAUGCAAAAAAGAAGACCAAUUACUAAAUUUUUAAAAAAGCACAAGAGUUUCUAAGUAUGUAAUGCAGGAAUACAAGAACACAAAAGGGAAAGAUCUCUCUUCUUGUAAUGGAACAGUAUCACUGCCUACAUUUCACAACUUGUGAGUAAAGAUAUUGGACGUCAUAUCAUUUUAAUAUAAAUGCAGUACAGGUGAUUAAAUGACAGAGUACUAUGUUAUUAUUCCAUUUUGAUGUCCCCACACCUUUUGACCAUUUUUGUUCUUUUGUAUAUUUGGGGGGGAAAAAGCAUUCCCUAAUGUUAAUGGAGACUUAUCUGAAUACACCAGUAUUGUUCUACACAUUGCAGUUUUUGCACCAACUCCACGCGGCACUGAAAUCCAGUUUUCUUCCUUUUUAAAGUACCUUUUAAAGGAUCCUUUGGCAAAACAACUGACAACAGUACAUCACCACUGUCAUGCAUUUUAAUGCUGCAAAGUGAAAGGCAACAUUUUAUGCACCUUGCAGUGAGGGAGGUGGUUCAAAACAAUACAAUUAUUGUGUAAGAAAAAAAUCUCCAUUUUCACUUUCUAUAUAUGCAGCUUGCUUUUUUUUUUGGGGGGUGAGGGGGUGUGAUAUUAAAUUUAUAUUUAAUCAGUUUGUUGGGCUACUGCAGUUCAAGAUAUUCAUGAAAUAUUUAAAGAAGGUGGCUCAGAUAAAUAAGUCAAUUUUGUGUGUGUAAAUCUGGGUUUUAGAUUUGGAGGAAAGGAGCAGUCACAUUUGGGGUAUUACCCUUCUUCAGAACUCCCAAAAUGUUUACUUCUCCUCUCCUCCAGAUGCUGCCUGGCUUGCUGUGUUCUUCCAGCCUCUUGUUUGUUUACCUUGGAUUCCAGCAUCUGCAGUUUUUUUUGGUCUCUAACUGGGUUUUAAGUUUAUUGAAUCCAUCUCCUUUGUUCAGAUUUUCUAGGGAUGUACUGAAAUCUGAGAGACAAUAAAUGCUAAUUGUUCUUUGUUUAAUUUC